CAAGUCGUUUGCAGACUCUAACAGGUUUUCUUCCAAGAUUGUCCUGUAUUUGGCUCCAUCCAUCUUGUGUUACAUUGCAUUAUAGACAACGGCUUCAUAGAAACUGUAACUGUAUUGUCUGUUACAGAUAAUAUUUGGGUGCUUUUUGGAUUACGUAUUGGGAUAUAAAAUGUCAAACCAAUGUGGCAACCCUGAACAAGUCUCUUUUGGUUCCUGUAACUCUUGCUCGACAAUGAUGUCAUCUUGCUUUGACCUCUGAAGUUUUGACCUGGUGCCCAUCCAUCUUCAUCGCCCUUCCCUGAAGUGCUUCACACUCAUUCCUGAUGCUAAUUUGAUCACAGCUGUCAUCCUGCUUGUCAUCCUCCAAAAAUAAAUGUGGUUCAACAAGAGCUGAGGGCAAUGGAAAGAACGUGUGCACUGCCAGGCCUACUCCCAGAAUUCCACUGCCAUGCCGCCUGCCACAGCCAUCACAUCCCCAGCUGCGGACCUCUACAACCGGACCCAGUAUUGCAAGUGGCCCUGCGAGUGUCCUGCGGUCACCCCAAAAUGUCCACCGGGUGUUAGCCUCCUCAUGGACGGCUGUGACUGCUGUAAGACCUGCGCCCGCCAGGUGGGCGAGGUGUGCAAUGAGGCAGACACCUGCGACUACCACAAGGGACUGUACUGUGACUACAGCUUGGACAAGCCUAGGUACGAAAAAGGAGUGUGUGCAUAUAUGGUGGGAACAGGCUGUGAGUAUGACGGUGUGAUCUACCGCAACGGGCAGAGCUUCAAACCCAGCUGUAAAUACCAGUGUGUGUGCGUGAACGGCGCCAUUGGCUGUGUGGCUCUGUGCACGGAGUCCCAGCCUCCACGGGUGUGGUGCCAGACCCCACGUCGGGUCAAAGUCCGGGGAGAGUGCUGUGAGAAGUGGAUCUGUGAUGAACCCAAAAGAGGGCGCAAGACAGCACUGCGACAUGCAGUAGAGGCCGCCCCAGCUGAGACUAGGAGCUGGCACAAGAACUGCAUUACCCAGACUACCUCAUGGAGCCCCUGCUCAAAGACCUGUGGCCGCGGCCUGUCCCUGAGGAUCUCUAACGCCAACGAGCAGUGCGAGCUGCUCAAAGAGUCUCGCCUUUGCAAUCUGCGGCCCUGUGAGGUCGACAUCACCAAACAUAUCAAGCCGGGAAAGAAAUGUCUGAACAUCUACAGAGAAGACCAGCCCUCAAACCUCACCAUCUCCGGCUGCACCAGCACGAAGCCGUACAGGCCCAAAUACUGCGGCAUGUGCACUGACGAGCGCUGCUGCAUCCCCUACAAGUCCAAAACCAUCGACGUGGAGUUUGAGUGUCCUAACGGGACGGGGUUCACCUGGAAGAUGAUGUGGGUGCAGGCCUGCUUCUGCAACCUCAGCUGCAAAAACCCCAACGACAUCUUCUCAGAGCUGGAGAGUUACUAUGGUUACCCAGAAGUCAUGAACUAACAGGUGACCGUCGCGUUCUCAGCCUCAGCCUUUCGUCUGACUUCUUUUUCUUAUGCAAUGUUCUGUGUUUGUAACGUGUAUGAUUAUGUACGAGGGAUUUUCCUAUGGCCUUUUUUCCUAUUGAAAAAAUCUGUAAAUAUGAAAUGUAUAUGCGUCUCCAGAAUAGAUGAAUGUGCCUUCAAGGAAUAUUUGAGGACUUGCUUUUCAUCCAGUGACUGUGUGAAGUAUUGAUGGCUUAAUUUAUUUAUGUAGCUUUUUGCAUUUGCAAAACACAUGCGAUGUUCUUGAGUUGCAUUCAAAAACGGUCAAACCUUGUCUGUCUUUAAACUCACAAGUCAACUUAGAUCAUAAAGCUUAACUGAAUAUAUUUUCCUUUAUAUUCCAUGAAACAUGCUAUCUGAUAAAUGGACUGAGAUGCCAAAGACAAAGCCGUAUACAACCAAUAAGGACAGGGUCAGAAAAGAUCAGUUAGAAGUUUUUUUAUUGUCAUUUUUUUAAUAAAUACAAAUGUUAUGUUAUGUCAUUUUAAUGCUUUUCUACAGCAUUAGAUGGUUGUGCAUCGCAUCUGUACAAAGCUGUGUAUGUAUUCUACAAAGCGAAAUGUUGCUGUAGUGCAAGUAAAAUACGGGAGUAGAAGGUGUCGGGUCAGUUCUAUGGCUAUCCUCAUGUUAACAUGUGGACCUAUCACGUCACUCACCCAAAAACCCACAACCACAUAGGAGCAUCACGUCUUAAAAGUGAACAAUUCCAUGGCACAUCUUUGUUCCUUUGUGCUUGAUUGCAUAGAAAUCGUAAAAAAGAAGAAAAAAAAACAUUUUUGUCUGAAGCCAUGAUCCAUUAAUAAAGCAUAUGAAGUACAAGCUUUUGAAUUUGGGUUUCAGACUUUGUUUUGAUUAAUGACAAAGUAUACAGUCUCGUACUAAACAUGAUGAUUUAAUUCCUGACCAGAUUUAAAGGUCACCAGUGAACGGACGUAGAAUUGUUCAAAUAACAGAGGAUGUUUUGAGAAAACUCAAGGAUAAUGGACAUUGGCAAGAUGAAACAACCGUACUUGCUGUAUAUGCACAAUAUACCUGAAGUCUGUCCCUUAAUUUUCAAAGUUGUGCGGCGGUUUGUGAGGCAAACUGCCAGUUUGGUUUCUCCAAGUGCCUCCCAUUCUCUCUCCACACCUACAAAUCUGCUCCUACGUACAAACAACAACACUUAAAACAUGGAAAAUAAAGAAUAAAUGAUAAAACAAUUACAAGUGAGAACAGACAACAGUCAUUUACAGUCAGGUAUAUUUGAGAAAGCUGUGUCAAUAUGGUAAAAAUGGAUAAAAACAGGAUGAGGGAAUGGAGAGAUGGAAAUUAAAACUUUUUUAUAGGUAUGAGAGAUUAUGAGAGAUACAUGUACAAGCUGGUGUACUCAUGG